UGAAAAGUGAUGUCAUUACCUAAGCGACUUCAGACGGACAGUUACCAUGGAGGCUGCUGUACUGCGGAUAAAGCGCAAACGAGGCGCGGAACCAGCAGACGCCCUUCUUUUAAGCUGUAAAAGGUUACGCACUGAGAACGAAGCCCAAGACUCCAGCGUAGUGAUAACUCAAGUAUUCAGGCUCGCCACUACAGUAAAAUCUGAGAAGGAGCCCCUACACAAGUAUGUACAAGCAGCCAUUUCCUGUAAUCAAUCCUGCCUGGCCCUGCGGCCUUCCUUGGGAAGCAAACAAAGGAUCCAUGAAGAACUCAGAGCGUCUAAAGAAGCUGAACGUCAAGUUAGUCGCUAUAGAAUAAUCUCAAGUCACCGACCCAAUUCUGAAGAGGAUAAUGUUAAUGUUAUUGGUUUAAGUCAGUUACAAGAUGUGCCCAGUGAUACAAAGGAGGAGGAAAAGCCAACAGAAGCCACUAAGUGCAACAUUUCUAGUAAUUUUCAGCUCUUUGAUAUGGUACAAGAGGAACCAGAACAAGAACAUUUAGUGAAAGAAACUGAACCUGAAACCAUCCUGUGUAAUUCUAUCAGAAUGAUCCGAGAGCGUUUAACCGUGUCCGAGGCAGGAAGGGAGUCAGAACAUCGCGAGAACAUGGAUGAAUAUGUAUAUGACAUAUAUUACUCUGACGCAUACAAACAUGGCUGGAUCCAGGAUAUCCUCUAUGUCCAGCCUUACACAGAGGGGCAGGAACUGGUAUACGAAGAGCAUGAACCAGAUGAGAUAUAUGAGGAUGAAGAUGAUGAAAAUGAAGAGAACAACUGGAGAAAUGAUUAUCCUGAUGAAGAGGAGGACAGUGACAUGGAGGAGCGAUAUAUAGGUUAUUAUGAAAACGGUGAUGAAGAAGAGGGACAAGCUUGCAAAAUGUAUGCACUUCUGGAGUUUGGGGAUGACAAUGAUGAUGCUGAUUUGGAUAGAUUCAAAGAAGAUAGAUUUGGAUAGAUCCAAAGGAGAAUAUUUGGAUUUUUUUUUUUUUAAAGUGGUGGCAAGUCCUUUGGCUACCACCAGUUAAGCUUUGAUUUUUUUAUGCAGAGUAUUUUAUUGUGAAGUCAUAUCAAUAAAAAAUGUAAUUUCUG